UGCACUCGGCUGCGCUGCAGCUCAGGAGGCGUCAGGAUGGCUCCUCCUGCCGCGGGGGGCGCAGCCCGUAGCCCCCGGCUCCCGGGGGUGACGACCCCCCUGCUGCGGCCGCUACUGCUGCUGCUGCUGCUGCUGCUGCUAGAGGGGAGCGCCGCGCUGGAGAUCCAACGGCGAUUCCCCUCGCCCACUCCGACCAACAACUUCGCUCUGGACGGCCCCGGGGGGAAGGUGUACCUGGCAGCGGUGAACAGGCUCUACCAGCUGUCCGGCCCCAACCUGAGCCUGGAGGUGGAGGAGGCUGUGGGGCCGGUGCGGGACAACCCCCUAUGCCACGCCCCGCAGCUGCCCCAGGCCUCCUGCGAGCACCCCAAAAUGCUGACCAACAACUACAACAAAAUCCUUCAGCUAGAUCCCGGGCAGGGCUUGGUGGUGGUCUGCGGCUCCAUCUACCAAGGCUUCUGCCAGCUGAGGCGCCUGGGCAACAUCUCGGCUGUGGCCGUGAGCUUUCCCCCGACGGCUGACGGCACCGAGCCCGUCACCGUCUUCCCCAGCAUGCUCAACGUAGCAGCCAACCACCCUAACGCUUCCACUGUGGGCCUGGUGCUGGAACCGCCGUCGGGGGUCCUUGGAGGUGCCAGUCCCGGCGGGACCCGGCUGCUGGUGGGAGCCACCUACACCGGCUUCGGGAGCCAGUUCUUUCCCCGGAACCAAAGUCUGGAAGACCACCGCUUCGAGAACACUCCGGAGAUCGCCAUCCGCUCCCUGGACACGCGUGGUGACCUGGCCAAACUCUUCACUUUCGAUCUCAACCCCUCCGACGACAAUAUUCUCAAGAUCAAGCAGAGGGCCAAGGCUUUGCACAAACUGGGCUUCGUCCGCGCCUUCCUGCACCCGGGCAGCAGUGGUGGCUCGGCGGCGCCCCACAGACGGAACGGGCCCCGGGCACCGACCACCCCAGCCUACGCCUACCUGGCCCUAAACAGCGAGGCCAAGGCUGGAGACAAGGAGAGCCAGUCUCACAGCCUGCUGGCCCGCAUCUGCCUCGGUUGGGGGCCGGCCGGGGGGCCAGGCGGGGCGGCCGCCGAGACCAAGAAGCUCACCGAGUCCUACAUCCAGCUGAAGUUGCACUGCGGCGGGCCGGCGGGCGGCGAGGUCUUCAACCGUCUGGUGUCCGUGUUUCCGGCGGCGCCGGGGCCGAGCCGGCCCGAAGACCUGCUGUUCGGGGUGUUUGAGCGGGCAGCCCCUGGCGGCACCGGGGGAACCGGAGCACGCGCGCAGUCUGCCCUCUGUGUGUUCCGCUUUACGGACAUCGAGGGCGCGAUCCGGGCCGCUCGCAGAGCGUGCUUCGUGGACCCCUCGCCCGACGUGGUCGCAGUGCUGGAGAGUGUGGUCCAGGGCACCGGGCCAGCUUGCGAGAAGAAAAGGAACAUCCAGCUCCAGCCAGAGCAGCUAGACUGUGGUGCUGCCCACCUCCAGCAUCCACUCUCCAUCCUGCAACCUCUCAAAGCCAUGCCAGUGUUUCGCUACCUGGGGCUAACUUCUGUGGCUGUGGCCAGUGUCAACAACUACACUGUUGUGUUUCUGGGAACAGCGAAUGGGAGGCUUCUCAAGAUUAACCUGAACAGCACCAUGAGCAUCAUGAGCAGGAAGUCUGUCACGGUGGCCUACGGGGAGGCGGUGCACCACAUCAUGCAGUUUGACCCCUCGGACCCCAGCUACCUCUAUGUGAUGACAUCCCACCAGAUGGCCAGGGUGAAAGUUGCCGUCUGUGAUCAGUACACCACUUGCCCAGACUGCCUGGCUGCGGAGGACGCCUACUGCGGCUGGUGCGCCAUGGAGACCAGGUGCUCCCUCCAGCAUGAGUGUGCCAACUCCAGUCAACCCCACUUCUGGACCAGUGCCAGUGAGGGUGUCCAACGUUGCCCAUCCAUGACCAUCCUGCCCUCCGAAAUCAAUAUCCACCAGGAGUAUUCGGGUAUGAUCAUCCAAAUCAGCGGCAACAUACCCAGUUUGAGUGGGAUGGAGAUGGCCUGUGACUAUGGGAAUGGCAUCCACACGGUGGCCAGGGUUCCCGGCCCAGACUUCAGUCACCAGAUAGCUUACUGCAACUUCCUUCCUAGAGACAAGUACCCUGAAUUUCCAUCAGGCCAAGACCACGUGACCGUCCAGACAGCUGUGCAGGUCAAUGGCAGAAACAUCGUCUGGGCCAAUUUCACCAUCUACGACUGUACCCGCACAGGACGUGUCUACCCUCAUACAGCAUGCACCAGCUGUCUGUCCACCCGAUGGCCCUGUUUCUGGUGCACUCAGCAGCAUACCUGUGUCUCCAACGUAUCGGAGUGUGGAAACACAGCAAACCCCACACACAGCCAGGACUGCCCUCGGAUCCUGCCUAUGUUGCUAGCCCCAGUGCCCACAGGAGGCCUGCAGAACAUCCAUGUCUCACUGGCCAACACUGUCUUCUUCUCCCAGGGUGUGUCUCUGGCCUGCAACUUCGGAAGCGAUGAGACGUUUGAGGCCACGUGGGUCAAUGCUUCAGAAAUUCAGUGCAGCCAAGUCGUGCUUCACACCCCUCAAAGGAGCCAGAUUUUCCCAGUAAACCUUCAGCUAAAGGGUAAACCAGACCGAUUUAUUGACAGCCCUGAGAAGAUGACAGUGGAGGUCUACAACUGUGCCAUGGGGAGCACGGACUGUUCCCAGUGCAUGGGGAGAGAGGACCUGGGCCACCGAUGCGUCUGGAAUGAGGGCUGUAGACUGAACAACCAGCCCCUGCCAGUCACUACAACCUGCCCUGCCCCAGAGAUCAGGAAGAUCGAGCCCCUGAGCGGCCCCCUGGAAGGAGGGACCCUUCUGACAAUCCGUGGGAAGAACCUGGGCCGUAGAUUCAGCGAAGUGGCCCACAGCACGUGGAUCGGUGGCGUGGCCUGUGAGCCCCUCCCGAGCAGAUACAUCGUCUCUGAGGAGAUCGUUUGCUGGACUGGCCCAUCGCCCGGCCCCUUUUCCGAUGUUGUAUCUGUUAAUGUGAGCAAGGAAGGGAAAUCAAAGGAGCACUAUUCCUAUGUGCUCCCAGUUGUCUAUUCCAUGGAGCCAGAUGUUGGUCCAAAGGCUGGAGGCACCAGAGUGACUAUCCGAGGGAGUGACCUUGGAGUGGGAUCCGAACUCCAUGUCCUGGUCAAUGACACCAAACAGUGUUUAAAUCUCGUGCGCACAGACAACACCAUCACCUGCACCAUGCCAAGAGGAGAGCUGCUUGCCACCGUCCGUGUCUGCGUGCGCUUUGAGCAAAAAUCUUGCAUAAGCAGCAACAUCACCUUUGAUUACAUGAGGGACCCAAUCAUCACGGCCAUCAGUCCCAGAAAGAGCCCGGUCAGUGGAGGGAGGACCAUCACUGUGGAGGGCAGUCGGUUCGACAUGGUGCAGAAUGUGUCCAUGAUGGUGAAUCACAUUGGCAAGGAGCAGACGCUCUGCAAGGUUCUUAAUUCCACCCUCAUCACCUGCCCCUCCCCUGGCGCCACAGCCAACAAGUCGGCACCUGUGAACUUUUUCAUUAAUGGGCAACCAUACGAGGAUGAGCAGGUGGCCAUGGAAGACCCUGGAGAGCCAAAGAAUAUGCUUCCCAGCAGCAGGUUCAGCCUGGAGUAUCUGCCUGACCCCCAGUUUUCCACUGCCAAGAGGGAGAAAUGGAUUAAACACCAUCCGGGGGAGCCUCUCACCCUGGUCAUCCAUAAAGAACAGGACAACCUGGGUCUGGAGUGUCAAGAGUAUCACGUGAAGAUUGGCCAGACAUCCUGUGAGAUCCAGAUUGUCUCGGACAGAGUUAUUCACUGCUCAGUCAACGAGUCACUGAGCACCUCGGAGGGACACCUGCCCAUCACAAUCCAGGUUGGGAAUUUCAACCAGACUAUUGCCACACUACAGCUGGGUGGGAGUGAGACAGCCAUCACCGUCUCCGUCGUCAUCUGUAGCAUCCUGCUCCUCCUGUCCAUCGUGGGGCUGUUUGUUUUCUGUACCAAGAGCCGCAGAGCUGAGCGAUACUGGCAGAAAACCUUACUGCAGAUGGAAGAAAUGGAGUCCCAGAUCCGUGAAGAAAUCCGCAAAGGCUUUGCUGAACUGCAGACCGACAUGACGGACCUGACCAAGGAGCUGAACCGAAGCCAGGGCAUCCCCUUCCUGGAAUACAAGCACUUUGUGACCCGUACUUUCUUCCCCAAGUGUUCCUCCCUCUAUGAGGAGUGCUACAUUCUGCCUUCCCAGCCGCUCAACUCCCAGGGGGGAGCUCAGGUCCAGGAAACUCAUCCGCUACUGCUGGGGGAGUGGAAAAUCCCUGAGAGCUGCCGGCCCAACAUGGAGGAAGGGAUUGCCUUGUUCUCCACCUUACUCAACAACAAGCACUUUCUCAUUGUCUUCGUCCAUGCUUUGGAGCAGCAGAAGGAUUUUGCCGUUCGAGACAGGUGCAAUCUGGCCUCUCUGCUCACCAUUGCUCUGCAUGGGAAGCUGGAAUACUACACCAGCAUCAUGAAGGACCUACUUGUGGACCUCAUCGAUGCCUCGGCCUCCAAAAAUCCCAAGCUGAUGCUUCGCCGGACGGAGUCUGUGGUGGAGAAGAUGCUCACCAACUGGAUGUCCAUCUGCAUGUACAGCUACCUGCGGGAGACCGUGGGUGAACCCUUCUUCCUGCUCCUAUGUGCAAUCAAACAGCAGAUCAACAAGGGAUCUAUCGAUGCAAUCACUGGAAAGGCUCGCUACACGCUUAACGAGGAGUGGCUGCUGAGGGAGAACAUUGAGGCCAAGCCCAGAAACCUAAACGUGUCCUUCCAGGGCUGUGGCAUGGACUCUUUGAGUGUUCGGGCCAUGGACACAGACACGCUGACUCAGGUGAAGGAGAAGAUCCUGGAGGCUUUCUGCAAGAAUGUCCCCUACUCCCAGUGGCCUAGAGUGGAGGAGGUCGACUUGGAGUGGUUUGCUUCAAGCACCCACAGUUACAUUCUACGAGACCUGGAUGACACUUCUGUGGUAGAAGAUGGCCGAAAAAAGCUCAACACCUUGGCACAUUACAAGAUCCCUGAAGGAGCUUCCCUGGCCAUGAGCCUAACAGACAAGAAGGACAGCGCGCUAAGUCGAGUGAAGGAUUUGGACACUGAAAAAUAUUUUCAUUUAGUGCUUCCUACUGAUGAGCUGAUUGAGAGUAAGAAGUCACACAAGCAGAGCCAUAGGAAGAAGGUUCUUCCCGAGAUCUAUUUGACUAGGUUGCUCUCCACCAAGGGCACACUGCAGAAAUUUCUCGACGACCUGUUCAAAGCCAUCCUCAGUAUCCGAGAGGACAAGCCUCCCUUGGCCAUCAAGUAUUUCUUUGAUUUCUUGGAAGAGCAGGCUGAGAAGAGAGGGAUCACGGAUCCAGACACUUUGCACAUUUGGAAAACCAACAGCCUACCUCUGAGAUUCUGGGUCAACAUUCUGAAGAACCCCCAGUUUGUCUUCGACAUCGACAAAACUGACCACAUAGAUGCCUGUCUUUCUGUCAUCGCACAGGCCUUUAUUGAUGCCUGCUCCAUCUCCGACUUACAACUGGGCAAGGAUUCACCAACAAAUAAGCUUCUAUAUGCCAAGGAGAUUCCUGAGUACAGGAAAAUUGUGCAGAGAUACUACAAACAGAUUCAUGACAUGACUCCUCUCAGCGAGCAGGAAAUGAAUGCCCACCUCGCUGAGGAAUCUCGGAAAUAUCGGAAUGAAUUCAACACUAAGGUCGCCAUGGCUGAGAUUUAUAAAUAUGCCAAGAGAUACCGUCCUCAGAUUAUGGCUGCGCUAGAGGCUAAUGCAACCACACGCCGGACACAGCUGCAGCACAAGUUUGAGCAGGUCAUUGCACUCAUGGAGGAUAACAUCUAUGAAUGCUGCAGUGAGGCCUGAGAUCCUCUCCUCACACCCGGGCUGGCCAUGCCCCACCCCUACCCCCUAGAAGUGACCUUCUGCUAUCCAGUGCACUGCUAACUCUGAGA